CUCCCCUUCAUAAAUUCUUUUCUCCUUUGGUUUGGACAUUUCUCUGUUUAUUCACAAUGGCGCAGAGGCAAAAUAAAUCACAGUCUGACAAGGAUCCUAUCAAUGAUACCGGGAAUGCUGAGAAACCGGAAAAUGGUGAGGGAAAUUCAGAAAAGAAAGAACAGGAGGAGCUGCCUCCCUUUGAGAUAGUGGAGGGGAGUCGCAUCCCUGCUUCUUCUUUCAUGUUUCAAUUUAAGAACGUUGAGUACAGUUCUGGACGUAACAAGACCAUUCUAUGCUACACUGUGGAAAGACCUGAGGGUCAAGUAUUUCAUGGAUAUUUAGAGGAUGAACAUGCCUCAGCUCAUGCAGAAGAUGCCUUCUUUACAUCUGUCCUGCCUCAAUUCCUCACCUCAGGAUCAGUCACUGUCACUUGCUAUGUGUCAUCCAGCCCAUGUGUUAAUUGUGCAGCCUCAGUCGCUCAAUGCCUGAGGCGAAACAAAACUGUACGAAUACAGCUGGCAGUGGCACGGCUAUUCCAAUGGGAGGAGCCAGAGAUCCGGAGGGCCCUGAAAGGCCUCCGCUCCGCAGGCUGCCAAGUCAGGAUGAUGAGGGGUGCUGACUAUGUUUAUGUCUGGAAGAACUUUGUUGAGCCUGAUGUCACCCUGGAUGAAGAGGGAAAGGAGAUAGUGAAGGAUGAGCAUCAAGACUUCAUACCCUGGGAAGAUUUGGAGGAGAAUGCCAGGUAUUAUGAAGAGAAGCUGGAAGAAAUUCUAAGAUAAACAAACAGAACUCUGGCUGAUUGGAAAAAAGUAAUACAGGUUGUUUGGCAUUUAAUCCUUGGACAGUUUGAUUAUGCGUGUUUGGUUUCUCCCUAGUUUCUCUAAUAUGGACUGUCUUCAUUCACUGUGGACAAAAAUGCUAGUUUUUAUCAAAUAAAACAUUGCACAUGUUUGGUGUUCUUACUGUAGAAUAACCUUAAACCAUAUGAGACCAGACUUAGCCUUUCCUUGUCCUUUAAGGAAACUUUUAUCACAGACCCCCUUACUAAGGAGUAAUUUGAGAUAUCAAAUUCCAUAAUAGGCUAUGCAUAAUGUAAUUUUUUCUCAGUGGAUUUGAUUAAUCUCCAUUAAAGUCAAUAUUUAGGAUAAUUAAUUUCAGCAGUCAAUUAUAGAUCAGUUGGAAUUCAUCUGGUCAUAAAUCUGUUAUUCCAGUAUCCUUAUAAUUUAUUGUAGGGGUAUGUUAUGUCAUAAAUUAUUUCUAUAAGUGCCAGUACUAUCAUUUUUUCUUUGUACUAAACUAAAAAAAUGUAAUGUUUUACAUGCAUUGACAAAUAAUGUGCUGUUACCUAAACUGUUACCCUAAAAAAAUUGUUUUUGCUUCAGAAAUACUGCUAUAGUUCAUAUACAGAAAUAUUAAAUUUCCCAAUAAUUUCAGGAGUCACCCAAAUUUAAAUACAUAUUACUCAGUCACCCACUGUAACAGGCCUGUCACCCACUGUAAUUUGCACUCAACUCCUUACCUAACCACUUCACAGAAACGUCACCUGAAAUCUUCAGAAUCUGUGGAGCAUGAAGCAUGAUUGGAGGGCAGAAACUGUUUAUUUUUAAAGGAAAACUAAAGCUUAACAAACAAUGUGGUCUAGAUAUGUUGUAGAUAACAUUUUGGACUUCUGUACCAGUCCAAGGCAACCACAGCCUCAAAAGAUGCCCCCAGUAGUUCCCCAUCUUGUUUUUUACUGAUUCACUGCACAUGCUUUGUGCUGCUGUCAGUUACUGGGUUCAGGGGCCGAUGCAAAUUAUAUUGUGUAUAUGGAAUAUAAAUAACACUAUAUAAAGCUGAUUAAUAAAUAAUACAGAUUAUUAGUACAUGGCAGCUCUGAAACAAGUGCAGUUAGCAUCAGACUUUAAUAAUCAGCCCUGUACCAUCAGAUUAUACACUCGGAAGCCUAAUUUUCUGCUUGAUAAAUUGCAACAACCCAACAGCUGCUGCUCUGAGCACACUGAGCAUGAGUGUCACUGAUACUAACAAAAUCCAAGAUGGAGAGCUCCUGUUACACCUUGGAAGGCUUGGAUCAUUACUACUAUACAGAUGCUGAAACUUUAGGCUGGUGAAGUAAGUUCAAUAUAUAAAACAAGGAUUUUCUUGCAAUAUUCAUUUUUAAGGGUUUAGUUCUCCUUUAAGUUUAUAAUGAAUAGAUACAAACUUGUGGGAAAAAUAGAUUUUUAAUGGAUCAAAUAGGAAAUCUUGCAGGUUUCCUGCAAGUUCCUAACCAUUUGAUCUGUGACUGAAACAUUAAUAAGCCAGUUUGAUUGAUUUGAUCAAAAUUGAUAUUAUAAUUUUGCAAAGUUUUAGGAGACCUUUGUAUGUUUUUUCCUGCAAAAAAAUUAUUCAAAAUUAAAUAAUUAAAUGUUCUGAUUGUUCUUAAAUGGUAUGUGGGAUAAUAAAUUCAGCAAGUAUUUGUUCUGUUCUGAUCAUUUAUAAUGAUCUGCCCUCUUUCUAGCUAGCCAUAAAGUUCAAAUAUGAUGA